UUCUGCGAAAGUUAUAUAUUAUCAAUGGUCGAGAGAGCUUCAAUUCAUACAUGAUUGGUGAGGUAGUAGCAAUGAAUCAAGAGAUGCUUCCGGUCGACAGCUCCUCGCCGGCCGGAACGCUGAUGAAGUACACCAGCUACAUGGAAUGCCAAAAGAACCACGCCGCAGCCAUCGGACGCACUGAACAUGAUGGCUGCCAAGAGUUCCUAGCCACCGGCCCUGAAGGCACCCCCGAAGCCCUCAAGUGCGCCGCUUGCCACUGCCACCGCAACUUCCACCGGAGGCAAUUAAAUGCGGUCACCCCCACUAGCAAGCACGACGCGUUCCCGCCAGCAGCCCACCGCAGCCUUCCUCCCCACCUGCAAUUCGUGGCGCUUUACGGGCCCCCACCUGGAUUCCAGUUUCCGCUGGGGUUACCGGAGCCGCCCAAUGGCAAAGAGCGAGGCGGAGGCGGAGGCAGAGGGUCGCGUGAUUUUGAAGAGCAAGAAGAGAUAGCGAACUCCACCACCGACACCGACAGCAACAACAACGCCGUUAAUAAGGCCCCCCAAAAAAGGUUUCGAACCAGAUUCAGCAGAGAGCAGAGGGAGAAGAUGCUGGGUUUGGCGGAGGAGAUUGGAUGGAGGACUAGGAAGGAGCACAAGGAAGCGAUGCGCCAGUUGUGCGAGGAGAUCGGUGUGACGCCGCAUGUCUUCAAGGUUUGGGUGAAAAACAACAAGACCACCCUGCGCAAGAAACCCUAGAAAACAAUUUGUUUAA